GGCUUCAGGGGGGCUGGCUCUGCUCAGAUAAGUUGGAGCAGCUAAAGCAACAACUUCAGCAGCUCUGUGGGCUCAGGACGCUUCCGCCGACACAGCAUCUUGUCUGAUGACCAGAUAUCCUUAAAUCCAAGAAGCAAACACACAGUGAUUGCUGCUUGCUUGUCCAACCCAUCCACCAGCCCAGACCUCCGGCCAGCAUGUCGAGUGAUCCUCCCCCUCCGUACCCAGGGGGUCCCAGUGCCCCCCUCAUGUUAGAGAAGAAUGGACAACCCGUUGUAAGAACUGGUCCUCCCCAGGGGCAUCCACUUCCUCCAGACUAUGGUCCUCCACCCUAUGAAGGUCCACACCCAGGUUUUCUACCCCCCCAUGUCCCUGGAGAAGGACCCAUGCCGAUGCCCAUGCCGAUGCCCAUGCCUCCAACACAAGGUGGGCCGUACGCAGUGCCGCCCGGCCACUUUCCUCACCCAAUGCCGGGGCACAUGGGUCCUGGUCCAGGUCCGUGGACACACAUGGGAGGACACACAGCAACCGUCCUGGCUCCAUCGGGUACAGCCACCACGGUGACGGUACUGCAGGGAGAAAUCUUCCAGACAUCACCAGUCCAGACCGUGUGUCCGCACUGCUCGCAGGCAAUUGUUACCCGAAUCUCCCACGAUGUCGGUCUCAUGAACACUCUCUUCUGCCUCUUCUGCUUCUUUGUUGGUUGUGAUCUCGGCUGCUGCUUGAUUCCCUGUCUGAUUGAUGACCUUAAGGAUGUGACACACACUUGCCCGAGCUGUAAGGGCUACAUUUACACAUACAAGCGUAUCUGCUAACCACCGACAGCUGUAUGAGCCAUGUACAUGCACAGAUGAACUCACAGCUCCCCCUGCAGAUAGUGACACCCCCACAUUUUUGCAUAGUGUUGUGUAGCCUUCUUAUAUAGUAAGUGCAGUUUUCUCAUUAGUUCACAGGAUAUUUUCUGUAUAUAUCUUUCAGCAUACUUCUGUAAUGUAUAAAAACUAAUUUGAAAUGUACAAAUCUUUGAUGGAACUGCAGAGGAUGAAGGAUAAUAAAGAGGUGGCACACAUUGGCUGUAGGCACACAUAAUUGUGUACCUGCCACCAUUCUUGUGACAUUUAUGCAUGUGAAUUAGUAAGAAAACAAACAAAAAAAAAUGAUAGCCUCUUUAAGAGAAAACUGUGAACAUUGUCACUUUAUCCAAAUUCACCUGUGAAUUUUGUUCAGAAGUUCAUUUAAACAAGUGUUUGAUUUUAAAUUUCAUUUGAGAUGUUAUUUUAACAACUGAAUGUUUUUGUCUGUGUCUAAUCAUCUUGCUUUAACAGAUGUAGCUUUUUUUUCCCUCAUCACCUGUGGAAUGUGAAAAAAAAUCAUCCACUUAAACGGAUGCAUUAGUUACUUUUACUUUUCUGGUUUCCUGUCAGUUUUUUCAUGGCUGUGUCCUUAAAUCACACCUACUUCCUCUUUAGUGCACUCUACAUGGUCGUCAUAAAGGGCAGUAAAAAAAUGAUGCAACAAGUUUAUCAGCAGAACAAAACCGUCACACAGUACUGGAACGGUUCACUGCAUCAUUAAGUAAAGUAUUGUGGGAUAGUACAUUUAAUGUACUUUAAUGGGGUAUAACAACUGCAUUGCAAAAUGGAAAACACCAUGUGAGUAGGUUGGUGGUUUAAAACACAGCCACAUGUAAAUCACCUUACUGUUUAGCUGUUACUCAUCCUUGUCCUCUGUGUAUAAUUUACUUAAUUUUGAUCAUAAUAUUUGCACUUUAAGUUGAAAUCAAUGUUUUUGUUCCUUUGUAUCCUAAAGACUUAACCCUGGUCUUAUGAUUUUGAAGAAAAAAAAUCAUUUCAUGGGUAAAACCAAUGCAUAAUUAGGCUUUUGCUUGUGUUUUUUGUUACUUGAUUGAAUCAGUCCAUAGUUACUCUUUAGAGUGCACGGGACCUACCUGAGGAGAUGGUAGUCCGCUUUUUUUGGGUUAGUGAGAGAAAAACUGCAUGACAUCUCAGUAAUGUUUGUGAGUUCUGUGAUCUGGGUUGAUGCACUGCCCAAAAGGUAGAUUAUAUUUUCACUGGAGGUAGUAAGGGAUUUUACUGUUGUUUUUAUUUCUUUUUUGCAGCAGAGCCAUCAUCUCAAUCUUCACCUUCUACACUUGCCAUUAGUCCUUUUAAUACUUGCAUUGCUCAAAUGCAUGUUAGAUUACUGAUAGAAAUGUAUUUUGACAAUAUUGAGCUAUCUGCUAAGAGAAAGCUUCAAAUAAGUUAUUAAAUUCAGACUUGCAAAAAGAGAUUAAUUCCCAUGGAUAUACUGCUAACAUUUAACACAGACUGUUAAACCACAGCAUGUCCAUUCAUCAGUCAUGCUUACAAGGUGCAGUCUGAACUAGACAAAAAAAAAGUAGUAAUUCUCUCUGGAUGGCUCCCCGAUAUGUGAAUUUGAAUUUAUUUUAUUUUUUUCCUGGAGGCUGACAGAGCUGGGCAAGAAAAUACCUGUUAAACUGAAGGAUUGCAUUGCGAUGAUAGUAUUGUUGUGGAUACUGCUGGUUUGCAUUGCUCUAAAUGUCCGUGGUAAUGUAAGGCGAUGUAUCUGACUGUUGUAUACAGGCACUAUUUUAUCAAUAAACAUUAUGAAGGAAUCUCAUUUCAAUGUUUAAUGUCUGGAAAAUGAAUACCAUUCAAAGAAGGCAAACAGGGCCUGAAGACAAAGCAAAAACCGGAAAUCAAUCUCAUUCAAUAGAAGUUCAGAGUAUCAAUCUCUCCACCGAUGUCCACACUGGGCAUUGCAGCAUUUGUAGAAAGUUGUCAUGGGUUCAUCUGCUGAUCUGGUUUGAAUCUGCAUGAAAUACGCC